UGUCUCCUCCGACGGAGAAGGAAAGAACAAACCUUUGCAGAACAGCAGCAAACCAUAGCAAAUCCUACUGGGCGCUGGCCAGAGCUCGAAACUCUUCCUCUCAUCGCACCAUGCGCACGUUAGCCGCCCGGUUGAGCUCCUAUUUGUGCAGAAGAAAAAUUGGGAAUGUGCAAUCUCGCAAUUUCUCUUCAACACCCCUUGGGAAAGAUGAACGCACCCUUGAAGAGGAGGCUGAUAGGAAAAUAGGAUGGUUCUUGAAACUGAUAUUUGUUGGAACUGCAACAGCUGUGGCUUACAAUUUCUUUCCGUACAUGGGAGAUACUUUGUUACAACAAUCUGUCUCACUUUUGCAUGUCAAGGAUCCCUUGUUUAAAAGAAUGGGAGCAUCUAGAUUGUCCCGUUUUGCAAUAGAUGAUGAAAGAAGAAAGAAGAUAGUGGAGAUGGGUGGGGCUGAAGAGCUUCUGAAUAUGCUAGGGGCUGCUAAAGAUGACCAAACACGGAAAGAAGCUUUGAAGGCUCUUGUCGCCCUCUCGCCUUCAGAUGAAGCAGCUGGAUUCCUACAGCGUGCUGGAGCGAUCUCAGUUAUUAGGGAUACCCCAGAUUCCACCGAGGAUGCAGAAAUUGAGAAAUAUAAGUUGAGCUUGCUGAAGAGAUUCCAGAAUUUGAGAUUUGAUUAAUUUUGAGAUGUCAUAGAAGUAGACUUGAUCUAACUUUGGUCAAAUCCAAAGCCCCCCUGUUGUGUGGAUGGAAGGUGUAUUGUAACUUUUUGUUUCAAUGUGAAAUUAAAUUUACGGAUA